AGUACGCGAGAUGGCAACGACAUCAACAAGAGCACAGAAAAGGGUCAAAGUAUAGUCGUUGUUGAUGCGAUUGAUGGUCUGUGGUCUUUGGUAGGCCAUAGCAACGACAAUAGCGACAAAAACGACAAUGACAACAACAAUAACAAAAAACUACUGCUGCUUGGAUAAGAUGAGCUUAAGCGCGACCCAUGAACCUUACCUUUGACCAUGGACCACCUUCCAGUCAAAGCGCGGCAGAGCACAUGGUAUCCUUACAAAUGUCGCGACAAGCAAUUGGUCCGCAUCUUUCGCAAUCACUCACGCAGUGUUAUUAUACUAUGGAUCGCCCAUCUGCCGGCCCCAUCAAUCAGUCUAUCAACAACACAUCCCUUCACGUACUCUUCCUGCGCACCGUUCACACCAUCGGAAACCUAAUCGACAUCCCCUCGACGCUUCAACUCGAACGCCUUCAGCAACAGGAGGCACAGAACCGGUCGAACGAAUACAUCACAGCGCUGAACACCGUCAAGUUACCCGAACAGGCCAUCAAGAAACUACACAGCAUGACAUCGGUCGUCAAGGGAGGAGAUAUCUCAAUUGACCAGUUGGACGGCGCAUUAAAGUCCUCGGCUUCCUCGACCGUGAACUCUGUCAGGGCACCGUCCGUACGCGAGGUCCUCGCCGAAAAGACGAUCGAUUCCAAGACCCUUGGAUGGAUGGCAAGUGCGAUGGGAGAACUGCACCAGGCAACGGAGCAGAUCGAUGUCGAGGAUGUCGGCGACUUGAUUGUGACACUAUCGCCACCCGUGGCUUAAUAGUCCUGGCCAUUGCUGCUCGACCUUCAACCGAACGAUCUAUUCGUCCAUCUUUUUC